UGAGCGCGAGUGCCGCAGGUGACCCGAGCGGCAAGCUGGUGCGCGGGCAGCGACUGAGGAGCCCAGGAGCUGCGGGUUGGAGGCGGGCCUUCGCUCCGCUCCUCUCUCGGCCUCGGCGCUGCGGGCUCAGCAGACGCGGCGAGCUGAGGCGGGCGGAGGGCCCGCGGCACCCACUUGACGGCCGGCGGCGCCCGCGGCCCUCAGCAUGUUCCGCGAGGCGAGGGUUGACCUCCCGCCCGUGGGCUGAGGCGGCGGCGGCCACACCGGCGAGAUGCACCUGCCGGGCGCAGCUUAGAGGACGCGGCAGGCGGGAAGUGCCGGCCGCCGGCGGGAGGGCGUUCUUCGCAGGGCCGCCGCCUCCCGCGGCCGCGGCGGGCCCGAGCCGGAGCGGCGGGGUGGGCGCCGCGACAUGGCGGCCCGGAGCGCCCCGAGUUGCCACCUGCGGCUCGAGUGGGUGUACGGCUACCGGGGCCACCAGUGCCGCAACAACCUCUACUACACGGCGGCCAAGGAGAUCGUGUACUUCGUGGCGGGGGUCGGCGUGGUGUACAGCCCGCGGGAGCACCGGCAGAAGUUCUACCGCGGCCACAGCGACGACAUCAUCAGUCUUGCAUUGCAUCCUGAACGAGUAUUGGUAGCAACAGGACAAGUUGGGAAAGAGCCUUAUAUCUGUGUUUGGGAUUCAUACACUGUGCAGACCAUAUCAGUUCUAAAGGAUGUUCAUACACAUGGUAUAGCUUGCUUAGCAUUUGACUUAGAUGGACAGCGGUUGGUUUCAGUUGGACUGGAUUCAAAGAAUGCAGUUUGUGUUUGGGACUGGAAAAGGGGAAAAAUGUUGUCUAUGGCUCCUGGUCACACAGAUAGAAUAUUUGAUAUUUCUUGGGAUUUGUACCAGCCAAAUAAACUUGUCAGCUGUGGUGUAAAACAUAUCAAGUUCUGGAGUUUAUGUGGAAAUGCUCUGACCCCAAAGCGAGGUGUCUUCGGUAAAACGGGUGACCUUCAGACAAUAUUGUGCCUAGCCUGUGCUCGGGAUGAAUUAACAUAUUCUGGUGCACUCAAUGGGGAUAUAUACGUGUGGAAAGGAAUCAAUCUUAUACGAACAAUACAAGGAGCCCAUACUGCAGGGAUUUUUAGCAUGAAUGCCUGUGAAGAAGGGUUUGCGACUGGUGGUAGAGAUGGCUGUAUUCGUCUUUGGGAUUUAACUUUUAAACCAAUUACUGUGAUUGAUCUCAGGGAAACAGACCAGGGAUACAAAGGUUUGUCUGUGAGGAGUGUUUGUUGGCGAGGUGACCACAUUUUAGUUGGAACACAAGACAGUGAAAUUUUUGAGAUUGUGGUGCAUGAAAGAAACAAACCUUUCCUAAUUAUGCAAGGGCAUUGCGAAGGUGAACUCUGGGCACUUGCUGUUCAUCCUACUAAACCUUUGGCCGUGACUGGAAGUGAUGAUCGUUCAGUCAGGAUUUGGAGCCUAGUAGAUCAUGCAUUAAUAGCAAGAUGCAAUAUGGAGGAACCAAUUCGUUGUGCAGCUGUAAAUAUAGAUGGAAUCCAUCUUGCCCUUGGAAUGAAGGAUGGUUCAUUCACUGUUCUUAGAGUAAGAGAUAUGACGGAAGUUGUACAUAUUAAAGAUAGGAAGGAAGCAAUUCAUGAGUUAAAAUAUUCACCAGAUGGAACUUACCUUGCUGUUGGCUGCAAUGAUAGCUCAGUUGAUAUUUAUGGAGUUGCUCAGCGUUAUAAAAAAGUUGGCGAAUGUGCUGGAUCACUUAGUUUCAUCACUCAUCUGGACUGGUCCUCAGACAGUAGAUAUUUACAGACAAAUGAUGGAAAUGGGAAAAGACUUUUUUAUAGGAUGCCAGGAGGAAAAGAAGUGAUGAAUAAAGAAGAAAUCAAAGGUGUUCAUUGGGCUUCAUGGACAUGUGUUUCAGGCCUUGAAGUAAAUGGAAUUUGGCCCAAAUACUCAGAUAUCAAUGAUAUAAAUUCAGUAGAUGGAAAUAAUAUUGGCCAAGUUUUAGUGACAGCUGAUGACUAUGGAAUCAUAAAAUUAUUCCGAUAUCCAUGUUUAAGAAAAGGGGCUAAGUUUAAAAAAUACAUUGGCCAUUCAGCUCAUGUAACUAAUGUCAGAUGGUCACAUGAUUAUCAGUGGGUUAUUUCCAUUGGUGGAGCAGAUCACUCUGUCUUUCAGUGGAAAUUUAUUCCUGAAAGAAAACUGAAAGAUGCUCUUCACAUAGCACCCCAAGAAAGUCUGGCUGACUCUAACAGUGAUGAGUCAGAUUCAGACCUGUCUGAUGUUCCAGAACUGGAUUCUGAAAUUGAACAAGAGACACAGCUUACCUAUCGUCGGCAGGUUUACAAAGAAGAUCUACCUCAGCUUAAAGAACAAUGCAAAGAGAAACAAAAAAGUGCUACUUCUAAAGGAAGAGAACGGGCUCCAGGGAAUAGUAUCCGAUUACACUUUGUUCAUGGUUACAGAGGUUACGACUGUCGAAGUAAUCUGUUUUACACUCAGAUUGGUGAAAUUGUAUACCACGUGGCAGCAGUGGGUGUCAUUUAUAAUAGACAACAGAACACACAGCGUUUUUACUUGGGUCAUGAUGAUGAUAUUCUCUGUCUGGCUAUUCAUCCUUUGAAAGACUAUGUAGCUACAGGCCAGGUGGGUAGGGAUCCCUCAAUUCACAUAUGGGAUACAGAGACUAUUAAACCAUUGUCAAUAUUAAAGGGCUACCACCAAUAUGGUGUCUGUGCUGUUGAUUUUUCAGCUGAUGGGAAACGUUUGGCUUCAGUUGGAAUAGAUGAUAGCCACACCAUUGUGCUGUGGGACUGGAAGAAAGGAGAGAAACUUUCCAUGGCAAGAGGAAGUAAAGAUAAGAUUUUUGUUGUUAAGAUGAACCCCUACGUGCCUGAUAAACUAAUUACAGCUGGAAUUAAACACAUGAAAUUUUGGCGUCGAGCAGGGGGAGGAUUGAUUGGAAGAAAAGGCUACAUAGGCACAUUGGGGAAAAAUGACACAAUGAUGUGUGCAGUGUAUGGAUGGACUGAAGAGAUGGCUUUUUCUGGAACAUCCACAGGAGAUGUGUGUAUCUGGAGAGAUGUCUUCCUUGUAAAAACAGUUAAAGCACAUGAUGGGCCUGUGUUCAGUAUGCAUGCACUGGAAAAAGGAUUUGUAACUGGAGGAAAAGAUGGUGUAGUAGCUCUUUGGGAUGACUCCUUUGAAAGAUGUCUCAAGACCUAUGCUAUAAAAAGAGCUGCUUUGGCCCCAGGAUCCAAAGGUCUUCUCUUGGAAGAUAACCCAUCUAUACGUGCCAUAUCAUUAGGACAUGGUCAUAUUUUAGUUGGCACAAAGAAUGGUGAAAUACUAGAAGUGGAUAAAAGUGGCCCAGUAACACUUCUGGUCCAGGGACACAUGGAAGGAGAGGUAUGGGGUUUGGCUACACAUCCUUAUCUGCCCAUCUGUGCUACUGUAAGUGAUGAUAAAACCUUAAGAAUAUGGGAUCUCUCUCCUAGUCAUUGUAUGUUGGCUGUCCGGAAGCUGAAAAAGGGUGGAAGGUGUUGCUGUUUUUCUCCUGAUGGAAAAGCUUUAGCUGUAGGUCUCAAUGAUGGAAGUUUCUUAAUGGCAAAUGCAGAUACCCUAGAGGAUCUUGUGUCUUUUCACCACAGAAAAGAUAUUAUUUCAGAUAUUAGAUUUUCACCUGGAUCUGGGAAAUAUCUAGCUGUGGCAUCCCAUGACAGCUUUAUAGAUAUUUAUAAUGUAAUGAGUAGUAAACGAGUGGGAAUAUGCAAAGGAGCUACCAGUUGUAUAACCCAUAUUGACUGGGAUAUUAGAGGAAAGCUUUUGCAAGUCAACACUGGUGCUAAAGAACAGUUAUUCUUUGAAGCUCCCAGAGGGAAAAAGCAAACCAUCCCCAAUGUGGAGGUGGAAAAAAUUAGUUGGGCAUCAUGGACAAGUGUGCUUGGUUUAUGCUGUGAAGGAAUUUGGCCAGUAAUUGGAGAAGUCACAGAUGUAACUGCCUCUUGCCUUACCAGUGACAAAAUGGUCCUUGCUACAGGCGAUGAUUUGGGAUUUGUGAAGUUAUUUAAAUAUCCUGCUAAAGGAAAAUUUGGAAAGUUUAAGAGGUAUGUGGCCCACAGUACGCAUGUCACAAAUGUUCGCUGGACUUAUGAUGACAGCAUGUUGGUGACCCUAGGAGGUGCAGAUAUGUCUUUAAUGGUAUGGACAAAUGAGAUGGAGAGUUAUCGAGAAAGAAGACCUUGUGAUAGUGAGGAAUCUGAUGUAGAUUCUGAAGAAGGUGGAGGCUAUGAUAGUGAUGUUACAAGGGAGAAUGAAAUCAGUUAUACCGUCAGAGCCUUAUCAACAAAUAUUCGCCCAAUGUUUGGAAUCAAGCCUCAUUUGCAACAGAAAGAACCUUCAGCUGAUGAAAGGCAGGGAGUAGUAAGAGGUUCCAGGCCCCCAGUGAGCAGGGCCCCUCCACAGCCAGAGAAACUUCAGACAAAUAACGUUGGCAAGAAGAAAAGACCCAUAGAGGACCUUGUGUUGGAGCUUAUAUUUGGUUAUCGAGGCAGAGACUGCAGGAAUAAUGUACACUAUUUAAAUGAUGGGGAUGAUAUAAUUUAUCACACUGCAUCAGUUGGAAUUCUGCACAAUGUUGCUACAGGGACUCAGAGUUUUUAUCAGGAACAUAAUGAUGAUAUUCUGUGCCUCACUGUAAAUCAGCAUCCCAAAUUUAUCAACAUAGUGGCAACUGGCCAAGUAGGGUUUCCUUCCAGACAUUUUCAAGGUGAUUCAGCAGAUAUGUCAGCUACAGCCCCUUCUAUCCACAUCUGGGAUGCAGUGAGCAAGCAGACUCUAUCUGUACUAAGAUGCUACCAUUCAAAGGGAGUGUGUUCGGUCAGCUUCAGCGCUACUGGCAAACUCUUGCUCUCUGUGGGACUAGACCCUGAACAUACCAUUACCAUUUGGAGAUGGCAGGAAGGUGCCAAAAUUGCCAGCAGAGCUGGGCACAACCAGCGUAUUUUUGUAGCAGAAUUCCGACCAGAUUCAGAUACCCAGUUUGUCUCUGUGGGAGUGAAACAUGUGAAGUUCUGGACCCUGGCAGGAAGGGCUCUUCUUAGCAAAAAAGGGCUGCUGAGCACACUGGAAGAUGCCCGGAUGCAGACCAUGCUCGCUGUUGCGUUUGGUGCAAAUAACUUGACGUUUACAGGUACCAUCAGUGGUGAUGUCUGUGUGUGGAAAGAUCACAUAUUGUGUAGAGUUGUGGCCAGAGCUCACAACGGGCCCGUGUUUGCCAUGUAUACCACCCUACGAGAUGGACUUAUUGUGACUGGUGGCAAAGAAAGGCCGUCAAAAGAAGGAGGAGCCGUUAAAUUGUGGGAUCAGGAACUGAGGCGAUGCCGGGCCUUCAGGCUUGAGACAGGACAAGCCACAGAUUGUGUUCGUUCUGUGUGCAGAGGCAAAGGCAAGAUACUAGUUGGGACAAGGAAUGCUGAAAUAAUUGAAGUUGGAGAGAAAAAUGCAGCAUGUAAUAUUUUGGUUAGUGGACAUGUGGAUGGACCCAUCUGGGGGCUAGCAACACAUCCUUCCAGGGAUUUUUUCCUUUCUGCUGCAGAGGAUGGGACAGUGAGACUCUGGGAUAUUGCUGAUAAAAAGAUGUUAAACAAAGUGAAUUUGGGACAUGCUGCUCGUACUGUGUGUUAUAGCCCCGAAGGGGACAUGGUGGCUAUUGGAAUGAAAAAUGGAGAAUUUAUUAUUUUAUUGGUGAGCUCCCUAAAAAUAUGGGGAAAGAAGAGAGAUAGACGAUGUGCAAUCCAUGAUAUCAGGUUUAGUCCAGAUUCCCGGUAUCUGGCGGUGGGUUCUAGUGAGAACUCAGUGGACUUUUAUGAUCUAAUUGGCCCCACCCUUAACAGAAUCAGCUAUUGCAAAGACAUCCCAAGCUUUGUCAUUCAAAUGGACUUCUCUGCAGAUAGCAGAUAUCUCCAGGUCUCUAGUGGUUGCUAUAAGAGGCUUGUCUAUGAAGUGCCUUCAGGAAAACACCUUCUGGAUCAUGCUGCCAUUGACAGAAUUACUUGGGCUACAUGGACUAGUAUUCUAGGAGAUGAAGUUAUGGGAAUCUGGUCUAGGCAUGCCGAGAAAGCCGACGUCAACUGUGCCUGUGUAUCCCAUUCAGGAAUCAGCCUUGUAACGGGAGAUGACUUUGGCAUGGUUAUAUUUGACUUCCCAUGUCCAGAAAAAUUUGCAAAGCACAAAAGGUUCUUGGGUCACUCACCCCAUGUGACAAAUAUUCGAUUUACCAAUGGUGAUCGACAUGUUAUCAGCGCUGGAGGUGAUGACUGCAGUUUAUUUGUCUGGAAAUGUGUACAUAUGCCUCACUGAAAGAAUGGAUAUUGGGAAGAAUACACAUACUAACAGCCGUUAGAGACCAGAAUUACAAAGAAGAAAAACAACCAAAACCAAACUCUGUAUGGUCAAGUGGUGCUAACUGCAGACUAACAGGGAGAAACGCCCAGAAUCAUCAGACUAGUAGAAGACUGCUAUUGCUAUACACACUGUCCAUAAUUCAUACACUGCCAGAUAAUUAUAUUUGAAGAAGGAUUGAAUACUCAUUGAUAAAAGCCACCCUGUUAUUGAGGAGUGCAAUUUUGGCAAACCUGUUGGGGAGAUGUAGGGCACAGCACUCCUCAAAAUCCCCUAAACAUAAAAACCCAACUUGGAAAAUUCUCAUCUUUUAGGAAACGGUUUCCUUUUAGUGCUUACAUUUAUUUUCCAGGUUCAUUGUUCAAUUAAGUAUUUUAUUCUUGCAUUUCCAUUUAGAAAGAAAAGCCACCUUCACCCUAAAGGACAGUUUUCAGAAGGCAAACAUUUUUCCUACGGAAACAGAUACAUGUUUUCCUAGAGAAUGUGUUUCUCAGGCAUUAAUAACAUCCUUUUUAUAAAGGACAUUUCUCCUGUAGUUUGAAUUCAGGAAUAGAUCUAAAGUUAGUAUGUAUGACUUGUUAAUAUUUUCAGUGUAAGCUGUUAAGGUUUUUUUAUGUUUAGAAGCCAUCUCUUUAUUUGAAAUUCCAGUUCACAGCCUCAUUAUUGGGAAGGCGGUAUGAGGAACAAUCAUUUCCAGGGGUGUACAGUGGUGAAUUUUCUUUUUUUUUUUUAGGUUUUCAGAUAGCACUAGUAAGUGGAAGACAACACUGCACAUUAAAGACAAAGUCUAUAAACAUUUGAUUAACAAACAUUAAAUUCACACAAACUUAUACAAUUUAAUAAUUCUUGGUAUAAAACUUUUAUAGCUUUUUUCUAUUGGGGAAGUUUUAGUUAGAUGUAUUGUCACCCAUCAGCUAAUUCCAAAACAUAUCUAGGUCCAUUGAAAACUUGUCAGAAUUCCUUCUUAGUGGAUUGAGGUUGAACUCUUAGAUCCUUAGUCUUUUUCACUUUAAAUGCUGCCAAAGAUCAGUAAUCAUCGUUCAGGAAUUUGCUAUUUUAGUCUAUCUAUAGUUUCCUGAAGACUGAAAAUUAUGUAGAGUGCUGUUUAAAAAUAUAUUUUUCUAAAUGUGAAGAAGUUGAAGAUGCACUACUGGUCCUGUAAAUUUUAAUUUUACUGUUAAUUUAUCUUUUGUAGUAUAAUAGAUAAUAGAACAAAGAUUCUAUCUACUGUGGCCAACACUGGGAAUACUAAAAUGACUAAAUUAUAUCACAAAAAGCCUAAUCAGUGAUUGAUUGAACCUGGUCAGUUUAAAACAAAUAGCUGCAUCUCGAGGGUUGACUGAGGGAUUAAAGAAACUUGACACAUAAGACAUUAUUCUGUCAUUAUUCACAUCAAAAGAUUGUCCUAGCUGUGUAUGGUGGCACACACACCUGUAAUCCCAGUGACUUGGAAGCUGAGGCAGGAGGAUUCCAAGUUCGAGGUCAGCUUCAGCAACUUAGACCCUGCCUCAAAGGGUCUGGGGAUGUGGCUCAAUGGUUAAGCAUCCCUGGCUUAACCCCCAGUACCAAAAAAAUAAAUUCUCCUAAACCAGACAUAGUGGUGUACAACUCUAAUGCCAGCUGAGGAGGCAGGAGGAUCACAACUUCAAGGCCUGCUGUCUCAAAAUUUUAAAGUCUAGAGCUCAGUGCUAGAGUGCUUGCCUGGUGUGUGCAAGGCCCUAGGGUUAGAUCCCCAGUACCACCAAAAAAAAGGGGGGGGGAUUUUCCUAAAUUAAACAAAAUUUUAGAACAUAUUAAUUCUACUUCAACAUAUUUUAUGAAGAAAUUAAAGGAAAAAGCACUCUAGACUAACCUCCCAUUUUUAGCCUGUUGUAAUCUAAAAUUUUCCCUUUUGUCAUUUUGAGGAAGAGAAAAAUUUCAGUACUAUCACUAUACUCUUAAGGAAGUAAACUAUAUAGCAUAAAACAGCUUCCAUUACAUUUUUAUCCCUCAAAAACGACUAACCUGGUAAGUCAGCCUUAAUCACUGCUGUGGCAGUUUCCUGACUAAAGGUUCCUUGACUUUUAGGCAUCUUAACAGUAACCUUGAUGUAUGCACCAUCAACCAAGGGAAGGUGAAACAUGACAGACCACAUAAAAUCUGCUCUAUUUUUUUUUUUUAUCCUAGAGAAUUAUUUUUGUGUGCAGCAUCUAUGCACCUGAAUUUAUAACUUGAGACUGGUGGCCACUGUAGUCCCAAUUCUUUUAUGUCUAUACAUGCAGGCCAAAGCACACUGUGCACUUCGUAUCAUUUACUUCAUUAUCACCAGCCAUAUUCAUCCCCUUCUUUUUUUUAUGGUGGUUCAUUUUAGACUGUUAGACCAAGCAACAAAUAUUUUAGGAUCAAUUUUAGGUUGCCCACAAACCACCUUAGUAACUAAAAGAUAAAUGUGUUCCAGUCAAUAUCUAUUAAAUAUUAUACAAUCAGAUUUUAGCAUGUUAUUUCUGUGUAAAAAAGAAUGAACUAACCACUUAAGCCCUUGUUCCCACUUACGGUCUUUAUAAUAGAACAAUGAAAACUAUAAACUAUUUAAAAAUAAAUAUCUUCUGCAGAGAUCACAGCAUCAACACUGGAAUGAACGAAUGCCUUAGAUUCGAUGGCGCACUCGGAGAAUGAAGGGGACUGUCGUUUCACCUAAGCCUAGCACAGUGGCCAUUCCACCCUUGUGUGCUUUGUUCUUUCAGUGUUUCAAGUCUUCAUUUUGGGAUCGCCACAGCCGAGUGCAGGUCACCAUAUGGGUUAAGGACUGGUUGCUUCUUCUCCCAGUGGAAAAGCAAGGAUCACAACAGAAGGCUGGCUUUAUGAUCUUAAAAUUUUUUUUUUACAGAUAUGGGUUUAUUAUUCAUCCUUUGAGUAUAUGACUAAGCAAUCAACUUUUUUUUAACAGAUUUAAUUUGGUCCUGAAAAUGUUUGAGUCGAACUCUUCUGCAUUAAUUCACUCUUCACUAACCACUUAAGAUUUGAUUUUUAAAAACACUACAUCAACAAAAUCAGUUAACUGUUAUUUAAUUCUAAAGCAUUGGACACGUCUUGCCUUAACAAUUUUAAAAACCACACACAAAACUCCAUAAUAAAUACAGUAGGCCAAAAGUUUCAUCCUAUCUUGCAGUUUACCCAUCUGAUCUCUGUAAUUAUAUAGUUGUCAUUUAAAAAUAAUACUUAAAUCUAAUUUUUAUAUUUCAGAAAUGAUCAGUAGUAACCAAGUGUAUUUUCUGUGGAGUUAUUUCUGAGAAUGUUAUUUUUCAGAAUGUGGGAAUAUAUAUUUAUAAUCUUGUGUUUAAAAGUUUGUUUUCUCUGACCCUUAUGUAUAUACUUGUAAAAAUUUUUGUAUAAUUUUGUGACAAUGUAGUUCCCCAAAAAGUUUAUUUAAAAAGUAUGUUAAUAGUAAAUGAAAGCAUUUUAAGGACUUAUUCAUAUUUUUUUGCAAUUGUCAUUCCCUUUGCUUUCACGUUUAUGCACAUCUCAAUCCUUUCACAGAAGGCAAGGGACCUAGGGACCAUUGUACUAAAUCGUACUCACUCAGAGGCCUAUACCAUGCUUUCCAAACUAAAUUCUUUAAAAAAAAAAAAAAAAAAAAAAAAAAA